AUAUCAUUAGCUGUCUCUAAGUAAACACAAUCAUUUCAUAGAGCUAUCGUUUUCUCUUGCGCCACAUUGCCAUCAUCGCCAUCAUGCUUGCCAUCGACAAUACCAUCGCUAUAUGCUUUGGUCUGACUAGUGUUCUCCUUGCGAUUCUUUCUCUCUAUAUCAUGUGCAAACCACGAACCACACCAGACAUGCCAGAGCCCGAUCUUGAGUCGGGACUACGGAAUACAAGCCUACCCUUGAUUCGAGCAAACUCAAUCUCAGCUUCUUCCAGCCUUCCCGGUAGAGCACCUUCAAUCCCUGAAUAUUCUAGUCUUCCUGGUGGGACUCAUUUCUCGGUGCACAAUGAAAUCUCCAACAACCCACGUUCAAUAAGAGCCACCCUUCAACGUGCGACAAAUCAAUUUCAAGAUUUCGCUGUGUUUGUUCCGGCUUUGACAUUUACCACAGUGGAACCUCCCCCUAAACCUACGAUCGAGCUCUAUCAAUUAACGCACUCGGCGAGGUUUAUAUCAUAUAAUCAGAGUUGGGGUUGACAUUUGAGGCAGGGCACGGUAGACCUUUCAACAGUGACUCAACAGUUAGAAUUAUUGAUGGGUGUAUGAAUUCCCAUGGUGGCAUUAGUGGAACUAUUGUUUAGAACGGAUGCGAUAAAAUAUUGCACCGGGGCAUGAGACGGCGCUGACAUUUUACACAAAAUUGGAUGAUUAUGUUUUGAUACAUUGUUGAGACGCUUUCAUUUAUUGGGAAUCUGGUAGUAGCGGUUAGAAGAUAAAUGGCAAAAGACUCGCAGGCGUGUCCGCCUUAUUCGACGAGGAACAGAGAUAGUUUUCGAAAAGAAUGACAU